GUUCGCCUCGUCUUCCUCCUCUUCUUCUUCUUCCUGUUCCAUUAUACUUCUUUUAUCAUUGUGCACUUUCAGAAUCCGGGGUUCUGAUCUGCAACUUUGUUUUACAAUUUUUCUCAGCUCAGAUUUCUCAAGACAAUGGAUGUGAAGAAAGCAGUGUUGAAAUUGGACUUUCACGAUGAAAAAGUCAAGAAAAAAGCCAUGAAGACGGUCUCUGGCCUUCCAGGGGUUGAAUCAAUCGCCAUGGACACGAAGGACCAUAAAUUGACAGUGAUUGGAAACAUUGAUCCAGUAUGUAUAGUGAGCAAACUGAGGAAGCUUUGUCACACUGAGAUAGUAUCAGUUGGACCUGCGAAAGAGCCGGAGAAGAAGAAGGAAGAGCCCAAGAAACAAGAGCCGAAAAAAGACGAGCCGAAAAAAGAUGAUGUAGCUGAGCUUGUUAAGGCCUACAAGGCCUAUAAUCCUUAUUUAACCACACAAUAUUAUGUUAGAAGUGUAGAGGAAGAUCCAAACGCCUGUGUCAUCUGCUAAAUUUUUAGUCUUUGGAAUCUAUAAUAAGAGGAAAUCUAAAUUAUCUUCUUAAAAAAUCAGAUUAUACAGAGCCUGUGAGGUUCAUGUGUACAGUUGGCUGAUGGGUUGUUCUUCUUUUAUGUUCUGUUGGGUGGAUUUGGUAUUAAUGAAUCAGAAUUUUCAUGGCGACCA